UGCUUCCUUUAGAAGAUGACAGGAAGAGCCAGAGCCAGAGGAAGACCUCCCAGACAGGCACCAGCUCUUCCUGCUGUAGGAGAUGCACCUGUCGAGCAGGCCGUGCCGGGCCAGCUGCGCGGCCGGCGGCAGCUCCAGCAGCAGCAGCUCCAGCAGCAGCAGCUCCAGCAGCAGCUCCAGCCGCCCCAGCAGCAGCUCCAGCAGCUCCAUGUCCCUCCACAGGCAGAGGAGCCCGGGGGCCUCGCGCUCCUGCGUGCCUGUGGGAACGUCCUGCAGGAGAGGAGGCCAGAAGGAUUACAGGUUUCCUCAGGGCUCCAGGAUUUGUGUUUAAGAGACAGAGGUGGCCGUCGCAGAGAUUUCCAUGACCUUGGGGUGAAUACUCGGCAAGCCAUGGUGCAUGUUCAAGAGUCCAAAACUGGCUUUUCAGGGAAGAUGAUCAAGCUGACCACCAACCACUUCCGGCUGACGUCGCGGCCGCAGUGGGCGCUGUACCAGUACCACGUGGGCUACAGCCCCGAGAUGGAGGCGCGGCGCCUGCGCUCGGCGCUGCUCUUCCAGCACGAGGAGACCAUCGGCAGGACCCACGCCUUCGACGGCUCCAUCCUCUUCCUGCCCAAGAAGCUGGAGAGCAAGGUUACUGAGCUGUUCAGCAGGACUCGAAAUGGGGAGGAUGUGAAGAUAACAGUCACCCUCACUAAUGAGUUGCCACCUACUUCACCUACUUGUCUGCAGUUUUACAACAUCAUUUUUAGAAGGCUUUUGAAGAUGCUGAAUUUGCAGCAGAUUGGACGCAAUUAUUACAACCCCAGUGAUCCAGUCAGCAUCCCUAAUCACAGGCUGAUGGUGUGGCUGGGUUUCACAAGCUCUAUCCUGCAGUAUGAGGAGAACAUCAUGCUGUGUGCAGACGUGAGCCACAAGGUUCUCCGUGAGGAGACAGUGCUGGACACUAUGCACAGUCUUCACUCCCAGGUUGGGGAGGAGAGAUUCAGAGAUGCCUGUGCUAAAGAGCUGAUUGGUUUAAUUGUUCUCACAAAGUACAAUAACAGAACGUACAGAAUUGAUGACAUUGACUGGGAUAACAAUCCAAAAGGUACCUUUAGAAAAUCAGAUGGUUCUGAGAUGAGCUUUGUGGAGUACUACAAAAAGCAAUAUAACAUAGAAAUUAGUGAUUGGAUGCAGCCUGUCCUGAUCAGCCAGAUGAAGAGGAGGAGAGGGAACAUACAAGGAUCUGUGGCUCUGAUUCCAGAGCUGUGCUCCCUAACAGGGCUGACGGACAAGAUGCGCAGUGAUUUCAAUAUGAUGAAGGACCUGGCCAUCCACACACGGCUGCCACCCGAGCAGCGGCAGCGCGAGCUGGGGAGGCUGCUGACCUACAUCCAAAAAGAUGACAAUGUUCAGAAGGAGCUCCGAAACUGGGGUUUAAGCUUUGAUUAUAAAUCAGUGUCCUUCACAGGAAGAGUUGUUCAAGGAGAAAAGAUCUUUCAGUCAGGAACCAUGUUCGAUUACAACCCGCAGUUUGCUGACUGGACCAAGGAGACGCGGGGCGUGCCGCUGAUCCGCGCCGUGCCCAUGGACAGCUGGCUGCUCAUCUACACGCGCCGCAACUACGACGUGGCCAACACGCUGCUGCAGAGCCUCUUCAAGGUCACCCCGUCCAUGGGCAUCCGCAUGAGCAAGCCCAACAUGAUUGAAGUAGAUGACAGAACAGAAACUUAUUUAAGGGUUUUACAGCAAAGGAUUACCCCUGACACAAACAUAGUAGUUUGUAUUUUGUCUAGUUCCCGAAAGGACAAAUACGAUGCCAUCAAGAAAUACUUGUGUACAGACUGUCCCAUCCCCAGCCAGUGUGUGCUGGCUCGCACUUUGAGCAAACCACAGACCAUCAUGACGGUGGCCACGAAAAUUGCCUUGCAAAUGAACUGUAAAAUGGGAGGAGAGCUUUGGAGUGUGGAGAUCCCUCUGAAGCAGGUGAUGAUUGUGGGCAUUGACUGUUACCAUGACACCGUCUCCGGGAGGCAAUCCAUCGCGGGCUUUGUGGCCAGCCUGAACCAGACAGUGACUCGGUGGUUCUCCCGCUGUGUUGUUCAGAGUCGUGGGCAAGAACUGGUGGAUGGAAUCAAAGCCUGCUUGCAAACUGCUCUGAGGAACUGGUCUAAGUGGAAUAAGUGUUUGCCCUCUCGCAUUUUUGUGUAUCGUGAUGGUGUUGGAGAUGGACAGCUCAAUGCUUUGGUUAAUUAUGAAGUGCCUCAAUUUCUGGAUUGCUUGAAGAGUAUUGGUACUGACUACAGCCCAAGACUCACUGUGAUUGUGGUGAAGAAACGAGUGGGUGCCAGAUUCUUUGCAGAGAUUGGUGGAGGACUCAGAAACCCACCCCCUGGGACUGUUGUUGAUACAGUGGUGACCAGGCCAGAGUGGUACGAUUUCUUCAUCGUGAGCCAGACGGUGAAGAACGGCUGCGUGGCGCCCACGCACUACAACGUGGUGUACGACACCAGCCAGCUGAAACCCGACCACGUGCAGCGCCUCACCUACAAGCUGUGCCACAUGUACUACAACUGGUCGGGUAUUAUCAGAGUACCUGCUCCUUGCCAAUAUGCUCAUAAAUUGGCUUUCCUUGUUGGUCAGAGUAUCCACAGAGAACCAAACCUGAUGCUUUCAGACAGACUGUACUACCUUUGAAGCUGAGUACCAGCCAAACAGAAGAGUAUAGUUCCUCUCUAGGGAAUGUAGAAUUGUCUGGGCUUUUGGUUUAGUUUUGGCUUUUCAUAAGAGAUGUGCACAGGAGAUGUGCAGUUGUGGAAAUAAUUUUCUUUUCAUUGUA